CCUAAAAGAUUCCAUAACUUACAUUUUGAUCCAAACAGGGAACUCUCUCUCUCCUCUCUCUCUCUCUUCAGGAACCGCUUCUUCUCACUCACUCCCUCUUUCCCACCCACACUCACCUCUCUGUACUCUCUCUACAUGCCACCGUGACUCUCUCUACAUCCUCUCUUUACCAAAAUGUCAAAACAACACUCAAUUUAGAUCCUUUCUUUCACUCUUCAAUUUCCAUUUCACUUCUUCACCUUCUUCCAUUUUUUUUUCUUAGCUAGAUCUUCUCCCUCCACAACCCCUUUGUCUAGGUUUAAAGGGGUUGUGCUGUUUCAUUCAAAAGUGAAAACUUUCAGCUGUUUCUGAACUUGGGUUGUUCUGCAAUGGGGGUUUAGGAUUGGUUUUUUUUUUGAAGUGAAAUGGGUAGUUCUGGAGAAUCGAAUAUCAAUGGAAUAAAUGCUUCGGUUGGUGGUUUGGUUUGGGUCCGGCGAAGAAAUGGGUCGUGGUGGCCGGGUCGGAUAAUGAGUCUUGAUGAAUUGUCUGAAGGUUGUUUGGUUUCUCCGAGAUCGGGUACUCCGGUGAAGCUUUUAGGUCGUGAGGAUGCUAGUGUUGAUUGGUAUAAUCUUGAAAAAUCAAAGCGGGUAAAAGCUUUUCGUUGUGGAGAGUAUGACGAAUGCAUUGAGAAGGCAAAGGCAUCUGCUGCUAGUUUAGGCAAGAAGGCAGUGAAGUAUGCUCGCAGGGAAGAUGCUAUUCUUCAUGCUCUUGAGCUAGAGAGUGCUCACUUGGACAAGGUACCCUUACCGUUAUGCUCCAGAUCUGAUAAAUCUGGUAGUGAACACGGUGAAUCAGCUGGAGAAUUACCUACGAUGUCUAAUUCUGGUGAUGUCAACGAGGACGUCACUGAUGAUUUGAGUGACUCUGGAGACAAUUCUAAUUCAGCUCCAGAAUUGUCACAAUCUGGUAUAUCUUUUGAAGAACCUAAUCGUAAUGGUUCUUUAAAGAUGCAACCUUUGCAGGGAAGGAGGAGAAGAACACCUAAUGAUUCAGAAGAUGAUGGAACUGAAGGAGUUAAGAGAAUGAGAGGACUUGAGGACCUCGGCGUUGGUGUAGUGUCAAAGAGAAAGGUCCAGGGUUCAGGUCUAACCGAGAUAACUCAGCAUGUCAGUGCUUCCCUCAACAAUUCAAUUGCAGGGAAUGGCCUGCCAAACGGAACUUCUGUCAAUGGUGUUAAGGGUUAUUCUUCUCUGAAAAGGAAGAGAUCGCAGGUGGCAAAUGUUCAUGAAUUAUUGAAAAGAAAAUAUCGACGCCGGCCUUUGACAAAGGUUUUAGAGAGUACUGCCAUGGUAUCAGUUCCUGUCACUUGUGAUCAGCUUCCAAGUUCAAGCAGUCCUCCAUUAUGUGGGAUAACUGAUGGAAGGAUUUCAGGGUUAGAUUUUACGGAUUCAAAGAGAAGUUCUGCAAUGGAAAUUCACAAUUCAGAUUGUGCCGAGGCUGCUUGUGAGAAUGGGACUUCAUUAAUUGUUCAUGACCAUGGUAGUGAUUUUUCACAAAUAGAGCACAAGGUCAAGGAGAAUGGGACUUCGGGAAUACAUGGGCUAGCUGACAAUGAUUCUUCUGAUGUAUUAUUUGAUGUGCCAUUUGUUGGGGAUCUAGGGGAGGAGAAACUCACUCCAGGACCAGGUUUGUCACCCACACUUGUUUCUUGUUCAUCUGGCAUGCCCCAAGUUAGUGCAUUGGAACCGCAAUCUUGUCAAGCUAGUCCAACUGAAGCUUUUCCAUUGAGAAAUGGAUUCAAGAAUGAUUCUGGUUGUACCAGUUCAGCUGCUGGUCACGAUACCAUUGGUGAUAGAGCAGACAAUGAUAGUUCAAAGUGGCAGUCAAAAGGAAAGAGGAAUUUAAGACAUACAAAUAAAAAUAGAAAACAAGUCUCGAGAAAGUAUGCGGGCAUGGCUGGUGAAUCCAGUGGUUAUUUAACAGGAAUUGGGAACUCGGAUGGAUUCUGUCAAGGUGCUGGUCAGAAACAGAAAGUUGAUUGGAACGGCACAGGCGUAUCCAAUACUUCAUACAAUUCUACUUCUCAAAUCAAGUGCAAGCCUGUUGCUGAAGGUCAAGCAGAAGGGUUUCGGGACAUGAGCAAGCAUAUCAGGGGUACAGCAGUAGAAGCAAAGCUAUUGCCGGACGGAUCUCUCGCACCUCAGAGAUCGCUUCCUUAUCGCCAGUCGCGCUUUACUGUUAACUCCAGAUAUGAAACGACGGAUUUUCCUGGAAGAAACUCUAGUUCUGAUGGGACAUUAUAUGAUGUUAAACUAGAAGUUAAAUCCAGCUACCGGCCACAACACGUCCCUUUGGUUUCUCUUGUGAGUAAACUAAAUGGCAAAGCCUUUAUCGGACACCCUUUGACAGUUGAGGUGUUGGAGGAAGGUCAUUGCGAUAAAUUGUUGAGUGGCAUUGUAGGUGACAUGGAAGUCGGUGAUAUCUAUUGUGAGGCGGAGAAGCCAAAUUCAAAGUCAGUAACUAGACGCAUACCAUCAAAGAAGAAAUCGUCGCGUUUUUCGCGCAGUAAAUCUUCCAAGUCAAAAAAAUCUGGGUUGUUGAAUAAAAAAAUUCGGAAGUUGUCCUCGUUGACCGGUCACAGACAGUCAGAAGACGAGAGAAAGCCAGUGGUAGAUAAGCUGAAGGGUCCCGUUAUAGCUUGUAUUCCACUUACAGUAGUAUUCAGUAGGAUAAACGAGGCAGUGAGCGGUCAGGCACGGUCGACACACCGUGCAGUAUCAACAGCAAACCAAUGAAAUCAGUUAUUGGAGAGGGUUUACAAUGAAUGAAUGGUGCAGAGAAUUGUUUCUUUGUUGGUAAUUUUUAAGAGAUUUUGGUUAGAAAAUAUUUUAUUUUUUAACUUUAUGCACAGUUUGCAGCAGCAGCAGCAGCACACAUUCUGCCAUGAAAAGGUUGAAUCUUGUGUACAAUUUGAAGACAUUUUUAUGUAGAACUGGUAGGAGUUUCAAUCACAUGAGCUUUGUUUUUGGCUCUGUAAAUAAUGUAACAUUGGAUGAGAGGUAAAGAUAUGGUUGGUUAUUUGUUAGGUAUUUAUCUGGUUGUUUGGUUCAGUAAGUUUAUAUCUACUCUCAUGCUGCUGGAGUUGUAGUUGGCAAUUUAUUCCAAAGUCCAUUAUAUGAAUCCUACAUAGGCUAAACCAAAAUUGUAAUUGUGAGUGGGUCACCAUUUCAAUUUUGUAUUGUAUGGAACCUUGUCAUCAUGCCAUAGAUACAUAUACAGAUUGUCAAGAAUUUUAUCAUUUUCUUU